AUUAAUUUAGAGGUUUCGAUCCAGAUUUGGGAUUAAGGUAAGCGGAGUUGUUACUUGGAUUCAGAGCUGUCGCUCUGUUGGUGCUGAUCUGCACUCUCGUGCCGUAUAUCCGUUCCAGCUGUGAGCUGGAUGAAUGAGCGAUGCAGAGAUCACGUAAAGCUCUUCUGCAGAGAAGAGCUACUUCCAGUGCAGUUGGAAUUUCGGGCAACAAGCAUCUGUAUAUCAAAGCUUCUCUGGUGUUUCUAUUAUGGGGUGUUAUCUUCGUUCUCGGCCCCUUGAUCAUUCAUGGAGAUGGUUAUAGAGAUGUGCUCGCCGCUGUGGUCGAUGAGUCUGACGUCGGUGUAGUUGCUUCACAACCUAGUUCAGAUUCCAAUCCCAAUGGUUCUUCCGAAACCAUAGAAGCCGCUUCCAAUAAGGACAUACAAAAAAUCCCUUUUUUUGAAUCUCAAGUUACCAAGGAGACCCAAAAAGUUCAUGUUGGAGGUCAGAUUUCAUCAGGCCUACCAUCAUUUCCCAGAGAAGAACUUUUAAGUAAAGAAAUCCCAAUUCCAAACCUUAAGACGGAAUCAUCAAAUCCUUCACAAAAGAACGGUAGAGUAUCUCGCGUUGCUCCUCCAAGAUUAGAUGAGUUUAAAAACAAAGCAUUCACCGUCAAAGAAAGCUCGGUCUCAAGCCAGCCCAACACUAUCUUCCAUCGAGUCGAACCCAGUGGAGUAGAGUACAAUUAUGCAUCUUCUACAAAGGGUGCAAAGGUUUUGGCCUUCAACAAGGAGGCUAAAGGCGCUUCAAACAUACUGGAUAAAGAUCAAGAUAAGUAUCUUCGUAAUCCAUGCUCAGCUGAUGAUAAAUUUGUUAUAAUAGAGUUGUCAGAGGAAACUUUAGUGGACAGUUUGGAAAUUGCAAAUUUUGAACAUUACUCCUCCAACUUGAAAGAUUUUGAACUUUUCAGCAGUUUGGUUUAUCCGACGGAUAAUUGGGUAAACCUUGGAAAUUUCACUGCUCAGAACGUAAAACAUGCUCAGAGAUUCGUUCUUCCAGAGCCCAAGUGGGCAAGAUAUCUAAAAUUUAACCUGCGAAGCCAUUACGGAUCGGAAUUCUACUGCACUCUGAGUGUUGUGAAUGUUUAUGGUGUGGAUGCAGUGGAGAGGAUGCUGGAAGAUUUGAUAGGUGUUGAGAAUAAAAAACUGGAACCUGAAGAACCAAACUCUGACAAGAUUUUAACCAAGGAUUUAAGUGAUGGCGAUGAUAUAAAAAAUGAACAUCCGGCAGAGAUUGAUUACGAACCGAAGAAUGAAAGCCCGAAGGUGAAGCCAGAGGUAUCGAAAACUAACGUUAUAGAUCCGGUCGAGAACAGACCAUCACAAGUUGGAAGGAUGCCGGGCGAUACUGUUCUUAAGAUACUUAUGCAGAAAGUCCAAUCGUUUGAUGUGAAUUUCUCUAUCCUCGAGCGGUAUAUGGAGGAACUAAAUAGCAGAUAUGGGCACAUGUUUAAAGAGUUGGAUGAUGAUAUGGCUGCAAAGGAUUCUCUUUUGGAGAAAAUGAGAUUGGAAAUUGAUAAUCUUCAGAAAAAUGGAGAUGUGUUUGCUGCUAAGAUUGGAGGUCUCCUCUCAUGGAAGCUUGCACUUUCAUUGCAGUUAGAGCAGUUGGCCAAAGAGAGUGCUCUUCUCAGAUCAGAGAUGGAAAUAAGCAGAGAAGAGCAUGCUGAUAUGGAGAACAAGGGUGUGGUUGUUUUAUUAAUAAGUUUUAUAUUUGGCUGUGUGGCAUGCACUAAAUUAUUGAUAAAUAUGCUCAUUUUCAUUUGUAGAAUGCAUGAUUCUGACAAAUUUUGUAGAACCAGUUCUGCUUGGCUUCUCUUGCUCUUUAGCUGCAGCUUAGUGAUCUUCAUCCUUGUUCUGUAAUUUUCCAAAUUGUUGUAAAAUAUGAGGUAUUUUUGUUAUUUCAGUUUUGUGGUGGGACUUAAUAGUUAUUUUUUUGGGAGUUUCUU